UUUUUUUUCUCUCUCUCUUAUUCGUUUUUAGUCUUUCUCUGUACGGUAAGCCUUAACGACUUGACAAGCACGGACAAUGUCAAUGUAUACCGGUUUGUAUAGUCGUCACAUACCCACUGGCAGACACGAGAGUCACAUUGACUUCUCGUCGAGAAAACUAUCGCACUGACAAUCUGCGGCUCGGAUCGCCUUCAAACGGUGAGGGAUGUGGUGUGACACGUAAGAAAACAUCCCAGGGUAUCAGCGAUGCGUUAUUGUUUAUCAUGUGCCUGUAUUGUAUCUUUGCCUCCUUUAUCCUGCUCUUUUAGGUUGUGUCUUCGGCCGGAUGGAUUGUCUUGUCGGCUUGUAUUAGCUGACUGCCUUGUGACCUGGCUACCGUCGUCUCUAUUGCUUGCUUGGCUCUUCCAACCUGGCUCCGUUGAGUGUGGCUUGCUUGCUUGGGUUUGUGCCUCGGUUGUUGUUGUUCUAUAGCUGUGGCUUGUGGACAGUCGAAUCCUGACUCUCUUGCAUACUUGAUGAUUGUGUAGACUGGAUGGUUUUGACCAGAAAUUGACAAUGAUAUAUAACAAUAUUUUGGGUGAUGGAUCCUGUGGAUGUAGAAGUUUGGAGCUGUGGUUUGGAAUCAGUCGUAAUUGUUAGAGUAUCAAAGCAUAUAUAGAUAUCUUUGGUAGAUAGAGAAAAGAGAGAGAGAGG